UUGCCGCUUGAGCCGUCGCUCACUGUGAAGGACCCGCCCACUCUGUACUGUACUGUAUAUAGCUUGGCCUGUGGGGCUGCAGAGGCCAUGCCUGCAGCUCUCUGGGUUCUUCUCAGCUCUUCUCGUUGAUUAAAUCUGCAAAGAUGAUGAAAGGUGUGAUCAUACAGAACAUGUCCUUCAAGGUUGGACAGACCAUGACCAUCGUUGGAGUUGCCAAACCUGAUGCUGGAGACUUUGCAGUGAACAUCGGCCCAAACAAGGAGGAGAUUGUGCUGCACAUCAACCCUCGUUUCAAUGCCCACGGAGAUGAAAACACUGUGGUGUGUAACUCCUAUCAGGGCGGCAUCUGGUGUGAGGAGCAUCGUGAGGGAGGCUUCCCCUUUUCCCAAGGGGAGGAAUUCAAGAUCAUCAUUGAAUUCACCCCUACAGAGUUCCUGGUGACUUUACCCGAUGGCUCCAACAUUCACUUCCCCAACCGCAUGGGAGCGGAGAAGUACUCGAUAACCAACAUCGAGGGAGACGCUCGCCUCUGUAGCUUCGAGAUCAAAUAAAGCCCCCGUGAGCGGCUGGAGCUUGUCCUUCAGCGUGCCCUUCAUCCGCUCACAUUUCGGCCCCACGUUUCACUACCUUCACACAUACACGUCCCAUGACACGCUCGCCACAUGCGCCAUUAUCCUGCUAUGCAAGAAUUUAUCUCGUUAACACGUACAGUAGAUGCUCCGGUGACGCGGAGGGAGAUCAAUGAGACUUUAUCUGGCUCGUAUCUGCUCCACAGCGCGAUCGCUUGUCUUUUACUGUGUCCGCUUAGACAUUCCACGUUUAUAUCUGAGAAGAACGUGCGCCUGUAAACACAUAUUAAAAUGUGACCUUUUACGAACAAA